AUGGAUGACCAAACUGAGGGAAUAGCUGGAUGUGCAAGGAUAUAUUUGGCUUGGAGUUCACGCCUUUUUAUGUUUAACAGAGGAAAGAGAAGUCCAAGAAAGAAGUUAAGAGAUAUCGAGAUUGAGAGCUUACUAAUGAGAUGCGACCAAUUUGGUUAA